UUUUCAUUUCCAUUCUCGUCGUUCGCGAAAAAUUGUGCGAAAAAAAGAUUUUCGGGUGCAAAGCAAAAAAUGCACAAAAAUUAAUCCACAACGUCAAUUCUUCCGUGAAAAAUCGAGUAAAUUUGCGAAUUUAUUAGAGACGAAAAGAGUGAAUUCAAAGAAAAUUUACCGAGAAUGGACAGUGGUGAGGUAAUUGUGGUCGAUUCGGAUUCCGAGACUACUUCGACGGAGGAAAAACAAAAAAAGUCGGAGCCCAAAAAGUCGAGUUCAACGGAGAAAAUGGAUACGGACGAGUUGCUGAACAUCAAAAAUAACGCAACAAUUGCCGAGGAACGAAAAAACGAAGGAAACAACCAGUACAAGGCGCAAAAUUACAAACUUGCGUUAAAAUGUUACUCGGAUGCCAUUCAACUUGCCCCGGAAAAUCCGCAAUAUCUCGGAAAUCGUGCCGCUUGUUACAUGAUGAUGUCGGAAUACACGGCGGCGCUUCAGGAUGCCCGAGAAUCCGUGCGUUUGGAUCCGAAAUUCGAAAAGGGAUACAUUCGGAUGGCAAAAUGCUGUCUUGCGAUGGGCGAUUUGAUCGGAACGGAACAAGCGAUUAAGAAAUUUCUCGAGUUAGAUGCCACGAAUCAAGCACUCAAGGGGGAAAUUCAAGCGUUACGUCAAGUACGCGGGUUACAGGAAUCUGCUCAGCAGUGCUAUGAGAAGCAAGAUUACCGAACUUGCGUUUAUCACAUGGAUGGCGCAUUGAAAAUUUCACCGGCAUGUCGCAAAUUUCAGCUACUUAAAGCGGAAUGUCUCGCCUUGUUGGGUCGCUUAACGGAAGCUGGGGACAUCGCCAUUACAAUUAUGCAGAAGGAAAUUUCGAAUGCUGAUGCGAUUUUCGUGCGUGGACUGACUUUGUAUUACGGCGACAACUUGGAUAAGGGCAUCUUGCACUUUGAACGCACUUUGGCUCUCGAUCCGGAUCACAAAAAAGCCAAAAUCUGGCGUCAAAAAUCCAAGUCCCUGAAGGAGAAGAAGGAAAAAGGCAAUGAAUUGUUCAAAAAUUUGAAAUAUGAUGAAGCUCUUGCCAUGUACAAUGAAGCUUUGACCAUCGAUCCGUUGAACAAGGACACCAACUCGAAACUUUAUUACAACCGGGCCCUCGUGAACACCAAAUUAGGCAAUUUGAAUGAAGCAGUAACAGAUUGCACAGAAGCCCUCAAGAUAAACGACAAAUAUUUGAAAGCAAUUUUGAAACGAGCCAAAUGUUAUUAUGACCUUGAGAAUUACGAGGAGUGCGUCAAGGACUACGAAACGGCUUUUAAGAUGGAAAAAACGAUGGAAAUCAAGAAUGCGUUGCGUGAUGCCAAGUUGCAACUGAAGAAAUCAAAGCGAAAGGAUUACUACAAGAUUCUGGGAAUCAGCAAGAAUGCAAGUGAUAUGGAGAUAAAGAAGGCUUAUCGUAAAAGGGCUUUGGUACAUCAUCCAGAUCGACAUGCAAAUGCAAGCGAACAGGAAAAGAAGGAACAGGAAAUCAAAUUUAAGGAAGUUGGGGAGGCUUAUGCUAUUUUAUCGGAUCCGACGAAGAAGUCACGUUACGAUAGUGGACAAGAUUUGGAUGAUAAUGGAAUGGGAGAAGGAUUCGAUCCAACUCAACUCUACCGACAAUUCUUCUUCGCCGAUGGCGGAUCACCCUUCGGAGGCGGAGGCUUUGGCGGCGGCGGAAGUUCAUUCACUUUCAACUUUGGUUAAAGCGGAAAUCGUAAAAAAAAAAUUG